UUCAUUUUACGCACGUUUACGCAAACGCCAUAACAACCCACAAAAAGCUUUUCCAGUGCAGUCAAAUACUGUGAUUUAUGGCGAGGAUUAUUGAAGUGAAGAUAAAAUGAAAAUAAAUGGUAGCCGACUGAUGAACAGUUCUUCGCUUAGCCCUACCGAGAUCACUCUGAAUCAUCCUCCCUGGGUUGCCACAACUUUGGGGAGCUUUCUGAUCUUCACUAUCGUGGUUGAUAUAUUGGGCAACCUAUUGGUGAUCUUCUCCGUGUACAGAAACAAGAAACUUAGGAACGCAGGGAACAUAUUUGUGGUGAGCCUGGCAGUAGCUGACCUGGUGGUAGCCGUGUACCCUUAUCCUCUGGUGCUGGUGUCUAUUUUCCAUAAUGGAUGGAAUUUGGGCUUUCUCCACUGCCAAAUCAGUGGAUUCCUAAUGGGACUGAGCGUGAUUGGAUCUAUAUUUAACAUCACUGGUAUCGCCAUUAAUCGCUACUGCUAUAUCUGCCAUAGUCUCAAGUAUGACAAGCUAUACAGCUACAAGAACUCUCUUUGCUAUGUCAUUCUAAUCUGGAUAUUGACUGUGGUUGCUAUAGUACCAAACUUUUAUGUAGGCUCCCUGCAGUAUGACCCCAGGGUUUACUCUUGCACAUUUGCGCAGUCGGCAAGUUCGGCGUACACCAUUGCCGUAGUGUUUUUCCAUUUCAUUCUUCCAAUUAUGAUUGUGACUUACUGUUACUUGAGAAUCUGGAUCUUAGUGAUUCAGGUGAGGAGACGUGUCAAACCAGAGUUCCGGCCUAAGCUCACACCGCAUGACAUAAGGAAUUUCGUCACCAUGUUUGUGGUGUUUGUACUUUUUGCUGUGUGUUGGGCCCCUCUCAAUUUCAUCGGCCUGGCGGUUGCCAUGAACCCCAUUCGGGUCGGGCCUCUCAUCCCAGAGUGGUUUUUUGUAUCCAGUUAUUUCAUGGCCUACUUCAACAGCUGCCUUAAUGCCAUAGUCUACGGACUGCUAAACCAGAAUUUCAGAAGAGAGUACAAAAAAAUUAUAGUUUCUAUCUGCACUGCGAGGAUGUUCUUCCCAGAGAGUUCAAAUGAUGCUGUUGACCGGAUCAAAAGCAAGCCAUCCCCUUUAAUGACAAACAACAACAGAGUGAAAGUAGACUCGGUAUAAAAACGGGCACUGUGAAAACAACACAUACCAAAAACACAUCUCAGCUGUUUGCAGAUCAAAGUAUUUAUAACAGAUACUGUAUGUAUAACGUAUAUACAGUACAGGCGUAUGUAUUCCCUGUACUUGUUGCUUCUUAAAAGGUGCACUGCAAAUAUCUUGCUGGUCUUAGUGUUUACAAGUUCAUAAUGUAAGGAAAAUGUUUUGAUUUUAUACACACAUUUUUACAGGACAUUAUGCUACAAACCAAUGCACACACUGUCGUACAAGCAGAACAAGGUGCCAGAUUAAUAGCCCUUCAUUCUGAUAAGUGCUCAGCAAAGUCAUUUUAUGAUCUCAGAUUCUCUCUUUUAGGCAUAGGCAAUUUCUAAACAAUCUUUGAGGCUGUGUGAGGCACAUGCCAUACAGUGCUUUUGCAAAAUAAUACUACAUGUUUAUGGUACUUUAUGGUAUAGUAGUUAUAUAAAAAUUAACCUGCAGGCCAGUUAAAGCAAACAACAUUGUAAAAUUUGUCUUUGAAUGCAAAUGUCUUACUGCUUUCAUUACAGUUUUAGGAUUGGAUAUCAAUGUAAGUGUAAUCAACCUCUUGAGGGGUCACAAUAACUUGUGACAUGCAUAUGUUAUGAAAUAUGAAGAAAAUGGUAAAAUUUGCCAACUGAAAAUUAUAUUUUUUACACAUUGAUGUACCAUAACAGGAUUCUUCUGGUUCAUCUGCUAGCCUUCAGCUCUUUUGUAUGAUUUGUUUAAUACUCAUAUUACAUACCAUAGUUAGACUAUCACAAUAAAGUGCAGUUAAGCUGAAAAGCAAUGCAAGCUUUUAUAUAAAUCCAAAAGUAUAGCGAUCAAACUGAAAACCCAAGAUCUGUAUUUUGGCAUAGACCGAUAUAGAAAUAAACCACAUUGUUUGUAUGUAAAGUGUGCACAUACUUUGUAGUACAUUUGAAUAGACACUAAAAUGUAAAACCUUUCAUGUAUGUUCAGCUUUACAGAUAUCUUUACAAAGCCUCUGAAGACUGGUCGGACUCAGAACUUUGUGAGGUGUACUGUCACAAGACCAGGUUCAAUACUUUUUUCAAAAAUGUAAUCCAGAUGGGACUUAUUGUAAAGUGAUUUGCACUCUUUUAAUUAUCAUCAAAGCUCAAAAAGUAUAAAAUAUGAGUGAAAUACCUUCAUGUUACAGUGAAACAUUAAUGUGUGUUUUAUGCAUUUAUUGAUUUGUGUGUGUGUGUGUGUGUGUGUGUGUGUGUGUGUGUGUGUGUGUGUGUGUACUGUCACAAUGUUUCCGACCAGUCUCCAGAAAACAAUCCGUUAUGUCAGACAAAUGAGUUAAUUGUAAAAUGUGUUAACUGUGUUAACAAAGUAAACAUUUGUAUGUCCUAAAAAUUGCUCAUACAUAAAGGGGUUUGCGUUUUUUAAUGAAAUAUCAAUUUGAAGUAAAAAUGUUGAUACUGUAUGUUUCGAUGUCUAUGCUAGAACCACACAACAUACAAAAACCUUAUGAAUGCUAAUAAUGAAAUCACAUUGUAAUGUCCUAUCGGUGGUUGAUGUUCAAUACAGUACCUUCUUGUUUACAACAUAAAAACCAACAAAAAUUCAGGAGAAACAAUG